UAUGGGUAAAAUUCGUUCAAAACUCAAACGCAAUACAAAAGGUAAAACAUGGAGCAAAGGACAGUCAUCAACUUCUAAUCCAGAGCAAAUGAAACAUCGUUUAAAAGCAAAGUCAAGAUUCUUUCACUCCAACUUAAGUUUAGCACAAACAGAAGGCAAUGAAACUUCUAAUGCACUUACCUUGGAAGCGGUACAAAAGCAUGAGCAGCGUCAAGCUUAUAAACCUGAAUCAACAGUUAAUGACGUUGCCUUUAGUUUGAAAUCAUUUAAUAUCAAUGAUGAAGAUGAAUCUAUGUCAGAAUCACAACCAGGAGGCACAUUUCAGACAUUUAAAACUUUUGCUUCCACAUAUAGCAAUUGCAGUAAUAUGAGCUUUAAAAAGUUGCUUGUAGGUUUUCGUGCUACAUCAGAUCUACAUAAAUCAAUGCUUGCGAUUUUAGCUGCUCUGACAGAAAUAAUUAAGGAACGUGGAGGUACCGAAUCAUCCACAGAGUAUUUUCUAUUAUUAAUGGAGCAAAUUGAAUCGAGCACAGAAGAUGAGGAUAUAAAAGCUGGUAUUUCUCUCUUAGCAAUGGGCAUUAAAACUGUACCACCGGCUGUUUUGAGAAAACGUUUCAGUGAAACUGGACAGAUAUUAAUAGCAUGUCUAAAACGUUUCAUUGAUCCUAGCCAUCAAAACAUAAUACGUUAUAUUAUUGGUUGUUUAUCUGUUUUACUGCGUGCACAAGAAUAUGCAACCUGGACGUAUUCCUCUACAUGGCAAUAUAUCGAUGCUAUUCUUUCUUUUACCAUACAUGCCAAACCAAAGAUACGUAAAGCUGCUCAACAUGCAAUUGUUUCUAUUGUACAUGGCAGUAUUUUUAUGUUACCGGCGAAACCAGUAAAUGAAAGUAACAGCAAAGAUACUAAUAAACAAGAGCCAGUAAAAAUACAUCCGAUCAGUAGUCGCGUUGCUAAAAAUUGUGUAAGUCACUUCCAGCCAGAAACAUUGGCCAACUCACAAACAACUGUUCUACAUGUACUUUCAUUACUGAAAGAUAUUAUAAGUGGAUUUAAGUCAGAAGAUAUACGCAAUAUCUGUGAACAUUUACUUUCCAUAAUGACGGCUGCAAAUGUGCUGAUACGCACUAACUGCUUUCAAGUAUUGCAUGCACUUUUUGCUUCACGUACCACAAAUCUAAAUGCUGAACUUUGUGCUAAAUUGGUGGCAGCAAUUCAUGAUUAUCGACCAGACCGUGCGGAUGUGCGACAAACGCUCGCCUGGUUAACUGUAAUGAAAGAAGCAUACAUACAUCUAUCAAUAUUAGAUAUCAGUUUUUGUAUGAAUGCAUUGCCUACUUUAAUAGAUAUAUUAGCAAAUGAUUUAUGGUUAUCGGAUCGCACUGAAAUUAUAACUUCAGUGGCUAACUGCACAAAAGAAUUGCUAAAUGAAUGUAUUAAACCAGCUUGUGGUUCAAUUAUGUCAAGUGAUAUGUAUCGCACACAAAUAGAACGCAUAAUAACCUUGUUAACUAAAGUGCUGAAUGCACCAUUUGGUGAUGUAGCCAAAUAUGUGAUAUUAACAUUUUCUAUUGUCUUCGAAACGUGCGGUGUAAACUUUAGGGAGGAAUUAGCACCAGCUUUACUGACAUUGGCUAAACGUUACGACACACAAAACACUUUUCGUAUACAAAUUGAACACUCAAUUGUGGCAGCAAUAACAUACCUUGGCGCUGAUUUUGUAUUAAAGACAAUACCAAUUACUAAUACGAAGGCUGAAGUUCUAUUAGAAAAAUCUUGGUUGCUUCCAUUGUUGCGUGAAGGUGCUAAAGGUGCAUCAUUUAAAUUUUUCAAAGAAUCUAUAUUACCACUCGCUAUGGAUUGUUAUAAGAAAUGGCAUCAAUCUGAGCAACAAGAUUCUACGGCGCAUACUUAUGAAUUGCUUUGCUGUCAGUUAUGGGGUUUAUUUCCAGGUUUUUGUCGUGAACCAAAGGAUCCAGAAAAUUUUUAUCUUAUAGCACCCACAAUUGGUAAUGCUUUAGAUAAUAAUCCAGAAUUUCGUAAACAAAUUUUUGAUGGUUUCGUUGAGUUAAUACAAAAUAAUGACAACGAAGAAAUAAAUAACGCACUGGCCAAGUAUGCUAAAAACUUUUUGCCACGACUCUUCACUAUAUAUAGACAGAAACCAAAUGGUACAUAUGAAGCAGAUUUACGUAUAAAGUCUUUGGAAGUAAUUAAAUUAUAUUUAACCAAAACGCCUGAAGAUAUUUUAAAUGAACUAUUUGAAUCGGCAAAGAGUCAGUUGGUUAAGGAAACCUUAGGAAGUUUUGAGUAUGAUGCAGUUUUUGACGUAACCGCUGCUUUGGUGCUCUUUCAAACCAGUGAAAACUUACGUGUAUUUUUCGAGACCUAUAUUGUUCCAGUUUUAAAGAAUGAAAAAUCUAAGCUAGUAGCGAAAGAUGAACAAAAAUUAAAAAAACAACAGAGAAAAACUUAUGAGCUUUUGCGUGAUUUACUCACUUCUGAGAGACCUUCUUGUCAAAAAUUUGCACGAAAAAAUGUGGUUGCUUUGCAAAAACUAUUACUGGAAGCCUUCACGACUAGUUGUGCUGUUUGUCAAGCAGCGAGAUUACGUUGUUUGCAAAUUCUAAUCAAAAACCGCAAAUCCUUAACUUAUAAUGACAAAAUCGUUAUAAAAACCAUACCAGAGGCAGUCUUAUCCUUUAAAGAGUUUUCAACGCGUAAAGAAAAUGUAUCUGAGGAAAUCAUUAUUACCAUAGCAGAACUAUAUCAAAACGCCGAAAAAUUGAAUGAUUUAGUGGAUAUACUCACUGCUGGCUUAGCGGGAGAUGAAUCUCUAGUAUCGAAUACAAUUUUAACCUUCCGUACCAUACUGCAGCAUCAAGGAAAGAAUUUAACUGUUAAUACACUAGAGUAUAUUCUUGAACAAGUCUCAGUAUUUUUGGUGCAAAAAUCGCGUGCACAAGCGGAAGCAUCGAUAGCAUUUCUUAUAACUUUCAUCAAGGUUUUACCGAUACCAUUAAUAGCCAAUCAUUUGGAGACCAUUAUGAAAUCACUGUCGGCUAUGACAAAAGACACAAAACGUUAUUGUCGCAUCCAUGUUGGUUAUUUAUUAAAGAAGCUCUGUAAACGUUUCACAGCUGAAGAACUUAUCAAAUUUGUACCUGGAGAUGAUGAACUGACACAUAGGCGCCUUAAAAAAAUACGUAAACAAUUACGUAGGGAAACACGCAAAAAAUUAAAUGAAGAAAAAGAUAAAGACGGUGAUGAGUCUGAUGAAGAGUUCGUAGCUGGCUUGGAGAAGAAGAGCGUAACAAUUGAUGACAUACUUGCUGAUUCAGAUUCAGAUUUACCAGAAAAUAUGAGUGAUAGCGAUGAAGAUGACAAAGUUAAAUCAACUAAAACUUCAAAGAAAGAUCGUAGUAUAUAUAUACGAGAAGACCCAGAGGAUAUUGUAGAUUUAGCUGACUUGAAGUCCAUUGGAAAUGUUUUAACCAAUCGACCAGAUAUUGUAAAAUCUGAAAAUGCUAAUGCAAAAACAAAAAUCAAAGAUUCAAAUCGUGGAUUUAAAACUGCGGAAGAUGGACGACUAAUUAUAACUGAUAAAGCUUUACGUGAUGCCGAUAAUGAGAGUGAUAGCAGUGAAGAUGAAGGUAUCGAAGAUAAAGACAUGAAAAAAUCCACAAAGCGUGGUAUGGAAGAUGAUUCAAGCGAUGAAGAACCUAUGACCGGGUCUAAAGUAAAACGUAAAUUAAAUGAUGCUUCUAGCAUGCGUUCAGGAAAGUCAUCUGCCUCACGUUAUACUACCGGUGGUAAAGGUAUACAUCGUCCACUUGGUGUAAGUGACACAGUGUCAAUGAAAUCAGGUUAUACAGCAAAAUCAGCGAAAUCACAAGGAGGCAAUGAAUAUUCGACUAAAAAAGCUAAAGGUGAUAUGAAGAAAAAGGGUAAAUUGGAUCCAUAUGCUUAUAUACCGCUGAGUAGAAAUACAUUAAAUAAAAGAAAACGGGCCAAACAUGCGGGUAGCUUUAAGAAUAUCGUAAAUGGUGCACGCAAAGGCGCACUGAAAGGUGUUAAAAACAGAAUUAAGAAGUCAUAUAAGUGAUCACAUUUUAAUAUUAAAACAUUAUAUAGUAUAUUAAAUAAAUAAAGUAAAACAAACGCCAGAUAUUUGUACAUAAAUAAAUGUUAUUUAUAUUCAAUAUUAUGUAUUUAAAUAUAUGUAUGUGCUAUAUUUCAUAUGUUAUAUAGUAAAGAGUAUGCAUAAAUAAUUAAUUUAAAUAAAUUACUUUAUAAAUAAGAGAGUAUAUUUUUACUAUCCUGAGAGUUAAGAUUUUACCAGCGAAUCAUGAAAGUAAAUAAAAAGACAAAUACGAAUAUUAAAAAUAAAUUUUAGUCCUUUUUAAAAGUUAACUUAAUCACAAAUAAGUUUAUAUAUGACAUAAAAUCCAAAAUAAUUUCUUAAACAAUAUUUUUCUCAAUAUGUGUUUUUAUCCAUUCUCCGUCUGGAUCAUUGCCAGCCAUUGUUUCUUCAAUGAAAUGCAUUACGUCGUUAUUAUCAAUAAGUAUUAUUGUGUGUGUUCUACUGCCAUAGGAUUCAUCAUCUACACUCACAUUAAGCGCACUUAAAUACUCGCCCCAGUUGGGUGCACGUCUAUUCAAUUCGA